UCUGGUUUGACGGCCUUACAUCUAGGACUCUGGACUCUGCAACCAAGUUACAUCUACAGCCCAUGCUCAAGAUACUGGGCAUUGGAGGACCGAGUAUCAGAGCAACUGCUACACCACCCGCAGGUCGGAAGAACCCACCGUACGCCAGAGGAACCUAGAGAUCCGCAACAAUGGCCUCUUCAUCCACACCACCAACACCACUCUUUUACUCUUGCAUUGCGCAUAACACCACCAUCCUCAGCGAGCACACAUCCUCCGCCUCCUCUCAAAGCUCGUCACUCGCCUCUCUCGUCCUCCCCAAGAUCACCCAUACGACGCCCCAGAAGCUAACCUACACGCACAAUAACAACUAUAUCCACUACAUCGCCUCGGCGCCCUCCGAGUACCCCCCAGCGCACGCCUCCGCCGGCGGCCUCACCUAUCUCGUAAUCGCGGACUCAUCGGUGGGACGACGCAUCCCCUUCGGCUUCCUCGUCGAGAUCCGAAAGCGCUUCUUGGAGAACUUCCCCGUCGAGAGCAAUGACUUCGCAAGUAUGGAGAGUUAUGGGGCGGGGAGUUUCAAUUCGGAGUUGAAAAAGCUGAUGGUGGAGUAUGGCACGACGCAGGGCGGCAAGCAGGACGCGAUUGCGAAUGCGCAGGGAGAGAUUGAUAAUGUGAGGGGCAUUAUGAGCCAGAAUAUUGAGAGCUUGCUUGAGAGGGGCGAGAGGAUCGAUCUUCUGGUCGAUAAGACGGAUCGGCUUGGGGGCAGCGCACACGAGUUCCGCAUAAGGAGCAGGGGGCUGAGGAGGCGGAUGUGGUGGAAGAACGUUCGAAUCAUGGCCCUUCUGACGGUGGUGGUCAUCUUCUUGAUCUACUUGUUUGUCGGGUUCGGAUGUGGGCUGCCGGGGUGGAGCAGAUGUGUCAGUCAUGGGAAGUAAGGUACAGCCGGUGAGAUAUUGGCGAAGAUAUGUAGGAUAUGGGUUUCAGGGAACAGGAAACAAAGUUUAUACCACCGGAGUUAGUAAUUCAAUCGGAGGCGAUGUAUUUAUAGCACAUCUCUUGUACACAGGCCAUAGCCUUCAACCCAGAAUUUUAUUAUAUGUACCUCCGCUCAUUGACGGCGUAUUUCAACAACUCAUAGUAUCAUGACGGGCAAUGCAUCUCCUAUCCAAGGAUGCUGCCAUCCCCAGAAGAAGGGAAAAAAGACUCCAAGCGCCAUAAUGUACACUCUCCCCAUUCAUACUUCACCCCCCUUCUCUCCUUCCAGCAGCACUCCCCAAACUCACAACCGGCUCCAACCCUCCCUCCUCACAUCAUCAUUAAACACAUACCCAGCG